CACCUUGGGAGCGUUUCGCCGUUUCAAUUUGUCGUUCGUGAGGGGUGGAUAAAGGUGUUGUUUAGAGAGUUUUGUGUCUUUCUUACUUAUUUUCAUAGCUCUGACCAGAAGAGUGUUCAGCCGCUUCAAAUAUAGAUCAGGAAGGACCAAGGCCAACAACUUCGACUUCAACUUCUUGGUUCUUCGACGACGGCCUUCGACCCAAUUUCAAUUUGCCGCGUCACGAUGGAUGGGGAUCUGGAUUUAAACUUCGAUGCCCCAAUGUACAUUGAUUUUACCAAUUUUAAUGCUGACGAAUAUGAAAACUCAGAUGCAGAAGCCUACUUUGAGGUUGAUCAUGAAGCCAAUGCAGCAAUGGCCUCUCAGAACACCAAGCGGGAGGCUGCUCCAAUGAAGCAGGAGGCUGCACCUAGCCAGGAGCUGGUGCAGAGAAGCCAUGCUCCAGCUCUGAAGGAGAAUAUCCGAUCAGUGCCCAAGAACCUGGUGAUGGGCGUGCAGACGCUGGUCCGCUCCGGUGCCGGUCAGACUCGGCCGGCCGGUCUGCGGGACGUGACCAACUCGCCGGGGCCGCGGACCAGGGCGCCGCUGAAGCGCGCUGCCACCGUCGACUCGCAAGACGAGCCCACGGUGGAGGAACCGUGCGCCAAACAGUCGCGUCCCCAGUCGGAGCCUCGCUCGCCGCCGGCCACCGAGCACCGGGCCAUGCCCGAGGGUAAGGACUCGACGCCGACCGUCCGGCCCCGCUCCCGGCUGCCGUCGUCGCGCGGCCGCGGACGCAGCGUCGACACGGCGCCAACCCGCGCCUCGCCGCGGCUGGCGGCGCGCCGCGCACCGACCCCCGAGCCGCCGCCGCCGGCGGUCCGCGCCUCUGGCCGGCAGCGCGUGGCUGCGCCCACGCCGCUGGUGCCGCCGCGACGACCCACGCCCAUCGCGGGCGGGCGGCGCCGCACGCCGGCCAGCUCGCCGGCGCCAGCCACGAGCCGCCGCACGCCCGCCACCGGACAGCCGGCAGCGACGCGGAGGACGCCCUCUACUGGCGCUGCCGCGUCCCGACGCGCCCCCUCCUCCACCUCUCGGCGACGCAGUCUCAGUCAGAACGACGCCGCCCGGAUGGCUGCUGGCGGCGGGCCGCCUAACCUCGUGGUGGCCGAGACGCCCAAUGUGCUGAGGCGUGGCCUGCAGCUGCGUUCGGCCGCUCGCGCCGCCGCCGAGAAGGCCGUCAAAGACGAGCAGCAGGCACGGCUUGACUCACUCCGUCGGCAAAUGGCAGACUACAAGAAAAAGGCGGCCGAGGCCAAACAGCCGGUGCGUCCCCGGGUGGCGGCCGUGAAGCCGCCCACCCGACCCCAGCCGUUCCACCUGCACGACGAGCGGAGCGCCGCCGGGCCGGUCGGCGGCCGGCCCGUCACAGAGUUCCGGUCCACGGCUCAGCUCAUCGAGGGGUUCCAGCGCAGGACGCCGCCGCGCUUCCACUCACGGCCUGCCGGUGACCGUCCGUCGGGCUCUGCGGACCCCGCCCCCUCUCACGUGACCAUCGGCCGCACCCCGCCGCUGAUGACCCGUGCGCGGUCCCGCUCCACCAACAACAUCCCCAGCCGCGAGCAGCAGGAGCUGGCAGAACUCGAGGAGGCCAGACAGCACCAGGUCCGCGCCCGUCCGGUGAACCGGCGCGUUCUGGAGCAGAAGGUCGGAGUGCCCGCCAAGCAGGCUCGGCCGACCACCGCCGUCGAGCCCUUCCACCUGACGCAGCCGGCUCCGAGGACCCAGUCGGCCGCGGACGAGACGGCGGGCUCUGCAGUGUCCGAGUUCCGCGCCCAGCCGGCGCCGCGCGCCAUCCUCAGCGCGCCGCAGGGGGUGCCCGCUCGCCAGGCGGCGCCGGCCACCAAGCCGCAGUCGCCGGCGCUGCAGCUCAAACAGCGCAUGGCAGAGCGCAGGAAGGAGGUGCAGGUAAAUAAGGAGAAGGAGCAGCAGCAGUCGGGAGGGGUGGUGCGCGCCAACCCCAUCCCGGACGCGGGCGUUCCGUUCCGGCCGAAUGUGGAGCACCGCACCACCCGUCCGGCGCCCUUCAGCUUCGAGGAGCGCGACAAGCAGCGCCAGGCAGAGAAGGAGAGGAAAAUUCAGGAGGUGCUGGAGGAGGAGCGUCGUCAGCGCGAGUUCCGCGCGCAGCUACUGCCGCCGUCCUCCCCGCGCGGCGUGCCCCAGCGUCGCACGCCGACCACCACCCGUCCGGAGCCGUUCCAGCUGCCGGGUGACCAGCAGGCGGCCGCCGCCGCCGCGCGGCGCCAGAAAAAGCUGGAGGAGGAGGCGGCGGCCGCCCGUGCCGCGGCCGAGUUCCACGCUCAGCCGUGCACUGUGACGCGCCGCGACCCGUACCAGCCGCAGCGCUCGGCUCGCGGACCGACCGCGCCGCGCACUCCCCUGCUGCACACGGACCAGCGCUCAGCGCGCCGACAGAGCUUCGAGGAGCGCCAGAAACAGCGCGAGGCAGAGCUGCUGGCCGCCCAGCAGGAGGCGGAGCGGCAGCGGCAGCGUGAAGAAGAAGAAGAGGUGGCCCGCCAGCGGCGCGAGGCCGUCCACCACGCGCAGCCGAUCCGCCGCUACCGUCCUGUACACGUGCAGCCGUCGGACGCACCGCUCACGGCGCCACGCACCCCGAACUGGGCUCGCAACUCGUCCCGCGCCAGCAGCUACCGCGAUCAGUGAGGUGGCCCUGGCGGCGGCGGCGGCGGCGGGCGCCGCACCGAGUCUGUAUGAUCGCGCCGAGCCGGGAAGGCCGGAGGCGAUACGUUUUACCGUAGUGUAAUAAAAUUUUCUUUCAUUAAAUGCAAUAAAAACAUGGGUUCUCGAGUCUAUGUUAAUCAAAGGUUCGAUCAAAAUGGGUCAUGUUUUAGGGACGUUGUCAAAAUACCAUACACUUAGUAGCCGGUGGUCUUAUGAUGUCCUCUGUUUUUGAAUAUUUUCCUACCGGUUCUGUCACAUUGCAUUCAGUAAGCGACCAUACAUGCAAUAAAAACAGUGGGUUCUCGAGAGAAACGUUAGGGAGUAGAGUGAAUGCUGAUACGAUGUUCAACAUGUUGGAGCUCACUUAGAUCGCGUAGGACUUCAUCGGGCUGUGGCACAUCGAUGUCCUCUGAUUUUGUGUGUACCAAGGCAUUCUGUAAGAAACUGGGAUUAUUUACCUUCAUUUAAUGGAAUAAAAAACGUGGGUUUUCA